AUGUCGAGCCACAUCGCCCCUCCUCCAGAAACCUCGUUAUCAGACCCACCGUCACCAACUGAAUUACCAGAAUACACCACCAACAGGCGGCCGUCAAAUAAUCCAUUUAACUACCCGCCAGCCUCUCACGACGACAGUGACGACGAAAAACGCAGUGCGACGCCAAUGAAUCCAUCGACAUCGUCAAUUAUCAAAACGACCAUGACUACCAUCGUGCCCAUCACAUUUCAUCCAAAGCCCAUCUAUGUGAUCGUCGCGACGGCACUGAAGCCUCCCAUGGGCAUCGGUAACCGAGGCACCCUUCCGUGGUCGGCAAUCAAAGGCGAUAUGGCUUUCUUCAGGAAAUUGACAACAAAGGUCCCGGAGUCAGCCUCUCCUGGCGCUUUAAACGCGUUGAUCAUGGGGAGGAAAACGUGGGAAAGUAUUCCCUCGAAAUUUCGUCCCUUAGCCGGACGUUUGAACGUCGUCAUCACCCGAGGGAAGGUAAAGGAGCUUGGGAGACGCAUUCUGGAGGAGAUUCAGGGACGUUCGGAGUCGUGGGAGGCACAGGACCUUCUUCUUUCCACUGCCGCCACGCCAUCAAAAGCUGCAGAAAACAUCGAAACUCCAAAUGCUACGGUCUCAACAACGGUGCUGCUGACUCCUUCUUCCACUCCUGCAUCCUCGGCAAUCUUGAUAUCAUCAUCUCUACCGAGGACGCUCUCACUUUUGUCAUCUUUGGACCCACUUCCAAACACCACCAUAAUUCCACACAAGGUCUUUUGCAUCGGUGGAGCAAACCUCUACAGCCAAAUCCUCGCGCUGCCACAUGGAUCACACAUCAAAGAUGAUGGCGAGGAUUUGUCACCCACCACAACCAGAGAACCACAGCAAACCCCUGAGGACGACACCGACCCUGAAUCCAUAGCAUUCGACAUUCGAAUUUUGCAAACUCAGGUCCACAAGCUGAAUGGGGAGGCAUUCGAAUGCGACACGUUCUUCCCAGAGGAGAUAAGUUUCUCUACCGCCAUGUCGCCUUGGCGCGCGGUUUCGCAAACGACUCUAGAGAGUUGGGCUGACGGAGUCAACAUCCCUGGCUCGUCAGUGGUCUCUGCCUCCGAAUCUGCCACAGAUGCAGAUGAAAGAGAGCCAUCCGACGAUGAGACCGAUGGGUGGGUAAGAGACGGGAAAGCAGGCGUUGAGUACCGUGUUGUCGGGUGGGAAAGGAGAUAA